AUGAGUUUCGGCUCGGAGCACUACCUGUGCGCCUCCUCCUCCUACCGCAAGGUGUUUGGAGAUGGCUCUCGUCUGUCCUCGCGCCUCUCCAGCGCCGGUGGCGCGGGUAGCUUCCGCUCGCAGUCGCUGUCCCGCUGCAAUGUGGCCUCCUCGGCCGCCUGCUCCUCGGCCUCGUCGCUUGGCCUGGGCCUGGCCUACCGCCGGCCCCCCGCGUCCGACGGGCUCGACCUGAGUCAGGCGGCAGCGCGCACCAACGAGUACAAGAUUAUCCGCACCAACGAGAAGGAGCAGCUGCAGGGCCUCAACGACCGCUUCGCCGUGUUCAUCGAGAAGGUGCACCAGCUGGAGACGCAGAACCGCGCGCUCGAGGCCGAGCUGACGGCGCUGCGGCAGCGCCACGCCGAACCGUCGCGCGUUGGCGAGCUCUUCCAGCGCGAGCUGCGCGACCUGCGCGCGCAGCUGGAGGAGGCGAGCUCGGCGCGCGCGCAGGCCCUGCUGGAGCGCGACGGGCUGGCGGAGGAGGUGCAGCGGCUUCGGGCGCGCUGCGAGGAGGAGAGUCGAGGGCGAGAAGGCGCCGAGCGCGCGCUGAAGGCGCAGCAGCGCGACGUGGACGGUGCCACGCUGGCCCGCCUGGACCUGGAGAAGAAGGUGGAGUCGCUGCUAGACGAGUUGGCCUUUGUGCGCCAGGUGCACGACGAGGAGGUGGCCGAGCUGCUGGCCACGCUGCAGGCAUCGUCGCAGGCCGCGGCCGAGGUGGACGUGGCUGUGGCCAAACCAGACCUGAGUUCGGCGCUGAGGGAGAUCCGCGCCCAGUAUGAGUCCCUGGCUGCCAAGAACCUCCAGUCAGCCGAGGAGUGGUACAAGUCCAAGUUUGCCAACCUGAACGAGCAGGCAGCGCGCAGCACGGAGGCCAUCCGGGCAAGCCGCGAGGAGAUUCACGAGUACAGGCGUCAGCUGCAGGCACGCACCAUCGAGAUUGAGGGGCUGCGUGGGGCCAAUGAGUCCUUGGAAAGGCAGAUCCUGGAGCUGGAGGAGCGGCACAGUGCAGAGGUGGCUAGCUACCAGGAUAGCAUCGGGCAGCUGGAAAAUGACCUGCGGAACACCAAGAGUGAGAUGGCGCGCCACCUUCGGGAAUACCAGGACUUGCUCAAUGUCAAAAUGGCUCUUGAUAUUGAGAUAGCCGCUUACAGGAAACUGCUGGAAGGCGAGGAGACACGUUUUAGCACCAGUGGAUUAAGCAUUUCAGGGCUGAAUCCACCCCCCAAUCCGGCUUAUCUGCUCCCACCUAGAAUCCUCAGUUCUACAACCUCCAAAGUCUCAUCCACUGGGCUGUCUCUUAAGAAAGAGGAAGAGGAGGAGGAGGAGGCUUCUAAGGCAGCCUCUAAGAAAACCUCCCAGAUAGGGGAAAGUUUUGAAGAAAUACUGGAGGAGACAGUAAUAUCUACUAAGAAAACCGAGAAGUCAAUUAUAGAAGAAAGCACCACUUCAAGCCAAAAAAUAUAAUUCUGUCGCUUU